AUGACGUAUAAUUCUGCUUUAUUCUCUACUACUAUUCCGCCUCAUUGUGAUCAUGUUCUGAUUGUUAAUAAUGUUGUUGCUCCUAUCAUGGAGGCAAGUUCUAUACUCUUGACACUUGUUUUACUAUUGGAUAAAGUGUUACUGGUUCAAUCUUUGUCUAAUAAUUUAUUAGCUAUGCCGCAAGUUACUGAGCAGUUAAACUGCGUUGUACUUAUGUAUUCGUCUUUUAUCUUACUACGGGAUAUCCAGAUUCAGAAGAUCUUUGGUCGUGGUACUAAAAAGGAGGGGCUUUAUUAUGUGGAUGAUGUGGCAACUAGUUGGGUUCUUCGAGCUGGUAGAGCCGAAACUUCUCAACAUUGCCAGAUUUGGUUGCUACAUAGCCGAUUUGUGAUGUCAACGAGUCUGCUUUUCAAUGUCAAACUUGUAUUUUAUCUAAGAGUCAUCGAGUAUCCUACCUUUCAAGGUAUACUCUAUGAGACUACUUGCCCUCAAACACCACAACAGAAUAGGGUUGCUGAACGUAGAAAUAGGCAUAUCCUUGCUGCUGCCCGUGCUCUGCUGCUUGGUGCGUCAGUUCCAAAACUGUUAUGGAUAGAUGCUGUUACUCUAUGCAGUCUAUCUCUUGAAUCGUCUACCUUCACGAGUUUUGGAUUUCCAAACUCCUAUGCAAGUACUGACCCAUCAUCUCUCUACCUCUUCUAUGUUGACUUUGUCUCCAAAAGUGUUUGGUUGUGUCAUCUAUGUUCACCUCCAUCAGAAUCAGAGGAGCUGGACCCCUGUGCUCUCUGCUGUUUCUUUAUGGGUUUCUCUUCUCAUCAGAAAGGUUACCGAUGCUAUCAUCCUGCAACCCGACGUCUUUAUGUCUCUAUGAAUGUUACCUUUAUUGAGGAUGAAAUGUUCUUCUCUGAUACACCCGAGCAUAUCCUUCAAGAUGAGACUAGUAGUGGAGGACAUAACUGGCUAGAUUUACAAGGGGGAGUAGUAUUGGAUAGUUUGAUACAAAGGGAAGAACCGACCGAACAUGUUGAACCGGCUGAACCUGAUACACAGGCCGAACCUGCUACACUAGCUGAACCUGCUAUUUUAAUUGAUGUCACUAUUGUCACUGAACCGAUUGCCCCCCAUGAAGCUUCUCUAAUAGUACCCGAUCAAGCUCCCAUGGAUAAUCUUGAGGUAAGUGCUUCUAUUCAUACUGCUGAUAAUUCUUAUGUUUUACCGCCUAGACGGAACCGUGGGGUUCCACCUGAUCAUAACUCACCAGAAGGCAAAGCAAGAUAUGCUAUUGCCUAUUAUGUAUCUGAUCACAUGUUAUCUCAUGAGUGCAAAGCUUUUGUGACCAAAAUGGAUAGUAUUAAAAUUUCAACCUGUGUUAAGGAGACAUUUAAUAAUCCAAAGUGGCGUGAAGCCAUGAAUAUUGAAAUGGAGGCGUUGCAGAAAAAUAAUACAUGA